GCGCGUCCCCUCCGUGUCGGUUGGCCGAGAGUGAGUUUCCAGGAGCCGUCUGGGACAAAGGGGAAGACUGAAUAGUCUAGCCAGAACUUCUGUCGGAGGAGGAGCAGUGCGUCGAUUGAUGUCUGUUGUCGGAGGGUAAAUUCCCAGGACCAGUUGAAUCAAGGUCCUGCAUCACCUGCCAUUCUGCUCAUACUCCUGAUUGUUGUCACUGUCUACAGCCGCCAUGCCUCGAGGUCAGAAGAGUAAGCUCCGAGCACGGGAGAAACGCCGGCAGGCCCGAGAGGAGACCCAGGAUCUUGAGAGUACUCAGGCCCCUGCAGCAGAGGAAAAAGAGUCCCUCUGCUGCUCCUCUUCUGUUCUGGGAGAUGCUGCCCCACGCUCCCCUGCUGCUGGCUCUCCCCAGGAGCCUAAGAGUGCCCCACCUAUCACCACUGCUGCUGCUGCAGGUGAUUCCCACAAAAAAUCUAAUAAAGGUGCUAAGAGGCAAAGUAAGAAAAACAUAAGAUCCUCUGAGGCCCCAUCUGCCAUUGAGAAUUUAGAAAAAGAUCCUCUAAAUAGGAAGGCAGUAAUGCUGGUGCAGUUCCUGCUGUACAAGUAUAAAAUGCAAGAGCCCAUUCGGAAAGGAGACAUGCAGAAGGUUGUCAAUAGAAGGUACAAGGAGGAUUUCCCUGAGAUUCUCAAAAGAGCCUCUGAGCGCAUAGAGCUAAUCUUUGGCCUUGAGUUAAAAGAAACUGACCCUAGAGGUCAGUCUUACGCCUUUGUUAUAAAGCCAGACCUCACUGACGAUGGGGAUGUGAGCAGUGGCUUGGCCUUUCCCAGGAAAGGGCUUCUGAUGCCUCUCCUGGGUGUGAUAUUCUUAAAUGGUAACCAGGCCACCGAAGAGGAGAUCUGGGAAUUCCUGAAUAUUUUGGGGGUCUAUGAUGGUGAAAAGCACUUCAUAUUUGGGGAGCCCCGAAAGCUUAUUACCGAAGAUCUGGUGCAGGAGCAGUACCUGGAGUACUGUGAGGUACCCAAUAGUCAUCCCCCACGUUAUCAGUUCCUGUGGGGUCCCAGAGCCCAUGCUGAAACCAGCAAGAUGAGAGUCCUGGAGUUUUUGGCCAAGGUCAAUGAUACUAUCCCCCGUGCCUUUCCAUCUUCUUAUGAAGAGGCUUUGAGAGAUGAGGAAGAGAGAGCCCAAGCCAGAGGUGCAGCCACACCUAGCACUACUAUUAUCAAGGCCAGGCCGAGUCCCAGGGCCAAGCCCAACCAUUCAGCUACUACUGCCACAUCUAGUGAAGACUGAGGCAGAUUCUUUACCUUGUGAUUGAAAAAUUGAAAAUUAUGUUAACCUUUGUUCUUGUUAAUGCUUGAAAACUUGUUGACUAAUCUUUUUUGAAAAAAAUGUUGAAACUGGUGCUCCUUUCAACAGAAGGUUUAUUUAAAUUCAGAAUGUAAGUGUAUGAAUGACAUGGGUCACAUUUUUAUUGACGUUUACCAGGUUCAGUAGUGAGAGUUUUGUUUUUGGAGAUACAAAUAGGAAAUCCUUAAGCAUUUUUAUGAUUCAGAACAAAAUAGCACAACAUUAGAGUAGGGAUAUCCUUGAAAAGAUGAAAAACUCCACAGUAAAAUAAUUAGUAUCAGAAUUUAG